AUGGAGAUCAACUUAUCAGGAGUUAUCAUAAUGUUUGCUAUGAUGAUAUCAGUGAUGGGGAUUUCAGAAGGCCGUCUGAAAGUAGGGUUCUACAGAAACACAUGCCCAGAUGCAGAAGCCAUUGUUGGUGAUUUUGUAAGGGAUGCGGCUCGUUUCAACCCACAAGUUCCUGCUUUCUUGCUCAGGCUUCACUUCCAUGACUGCUUUGUUCAGGGUUGUGAUGGUUCGAUUCUGAUAGAUAAUGGAGCGAUUUCGGAAAAGCUAGCAGUUGGGCAUCAAGGAGUGAAGGGGUUUGAUGUGAUAGAGAAUGCAAAAGCUGAGUUGGAGUUUGUGUGCCCUGGUGUGGUUUCUUGUGCUGAUAUUGUUGCCAUAGCUGCUAGAGAUGCUGUUGCUUUUAGUUUUGGGCCAGUUUAUGAGGUGGAAACUGGUAGGAGAGAUGGGUUUGUUUCAAAUCUCACAUUGGCUAACAGAAUGCCUGAUUCCAGAGAUUCAAUUCAGCUUCUCAAGCAGAAGUUCUUUGAGAAACGUCUCAAUGUCAAAGAUCUUGUGCUUCUAAGUGGUGCACAUACUAUUGGUACAACCGCAUGCUUCUUCCUCAUGGAGCGGCUCUACAACUUCAUGCCCGGUGGAGGUCCAGAUCCGAGCAUAAACCCUAAUUUUCUCCCGGAAUUGAUAGAAACUUGCCCUCCGAAUGUAGAUAUAAACGUUAGGUUGCCGAUGGAUCAUGACAGUGGCAACACUUUUGACGAUCAUAUCCUACAAAACAUUAGAAAUGGCUUUGCAGUGCUACAAACUGAUGCAAAGCUCUUGGAUGAUCCAACAACCAAGCAAAUAGUGGAUUCGUAUUUCAGGUUUUCUAACCAAACGGUUAGGCCAUCAUUUGAAGCGGACUUCGUCAAGUCCAUGGUGAAAAUGGGUCGGAUUGGAGUUGAGACCGGUCCGAAAAGAGGAGAAAUUAGACGUGUAUGUAACGCAUUUAAUAAUUAA